AUGCUGAACAGGAGACCAGCAGCAGGUUCAUCAGAGCACCAGCUCAUGUGUGCUUCCCUCCCUGUCACCAACAACUUCUCCCACCCAGAUCUGUUAGAUGGAUGUGACAGGAAUCCAUGGAGGGCGCAGGCAGAAAAUGAAGAAUACUGCCCAUUUGCCUUGGGAAAUGUCAUCUGGUUCAGGGACAUUGAUUACAACCUGAACAUGACAGAUGAUUGGCAUAGGCCAAUUUCCCCUGGAUUCAAAGCACGAGCCACACUUGGAUUGGGACAGCAUCAGCUACUGCUAGAUCGGUAUCUCAAACACCUCUCCAGCUUUACCAUCGACGAGCUCGAAAGAAUACUUUCAGCUACCCCCUAUGUCACACCACCUGCUCCUUUCCAUCUACCAAGACCUAACCACACACUUCCGCCAGAUCUGCCAGAAUCACUAGAUGACCUGCUAGCAAAUGCUCAUAUCAAAUUGAAGGAGAGCGCUACCAAGCACCUGAAGGAUUCCUACUCUUUCCCCAACUCAGAUAACAGUGAUGGGGUCCCUCAGCUUGUUCAAGGGACCACAAACCUGAUAUUGACCAAGAAUAUCCAGCAGAUCCUGGACUUUACUUUUCCAACAUGCUGCAGAAAGAUGCAAUCCCCAGAGCUGUUCUACCAUACUGUCUGUAAUCCAGACAGUCCAGUUGCACACCCUGGUAUAGGGUACUUUAAAGAACCAGAUCUUUUCCGCAGUGGAUUCACUGGAGCUCACAUCAGGAAGCACAACCCCCCAGAGUUCCAUGUAGCAUUCCAGCUCUCUUUCCCACCAGCUGACCUGAAAUGGGAGGAAGCAAGGAUGAAGGGGACAUACAAUAGGGAGAGGAGAGAAGGCCAACCCAUGAGAUAUGGGGAUGAGAGAGAGCAAGGGUGGAUAAAGUACAAAAAUGGUGGUAGGGGUUGGAAGCAGCAUUUGUUUCAUGCCACCUGGUGGGAAUUCAUCCGGAGAUUCGACUAUACUGGUGGCGAUCAUAUUAGGGAGAAGGUCUGGAAGAAUGUGUACUCCAAACUUGUUUGGGCACCCUAUUCUGACCUUUCACAAAUGUGGUACACAACAUCCAAUGCCAAAAGUGCAGAGACCUUCCCUGCAGAUAUGGCAGGUCAAAGGCUUCCCAUAAUCAUUCUCAAUCCUUUGAUCAAUGAUAAGGCUAUGUGGGAUGGAUCUUUGAUUAGGAGGGGGGAAUGGGUGUCACCGACCCUGUAG